UAAAAUAUGAAAAUCAUAUAACUUUCGAGAUUAUCAAUAUAAAUAUAUGGUUAAUUAAAGGAUAUGCAAAACAAUUUGAUUAAUGAACCAAACAAUUUGCCAAUUGUUUUACAUUUAAUUUCAUUUUCUGUUUAAUUAACCAAGUGACGGAUCAGAAUCAAAUCUAAUCAACAAUGAUUAAUGGACCAACCAUGGCCCACCGCAAGAUUCCUUGAUCCGGUCAGCCAAUCUCAAUUUCCCUAAAUACCCCCAUCAUUGAACAGGGGUAGGACGGAAAUAACAUAAAACCGCGAAGCCCUUUUUGGCCAUUUCAUUCCACUCAAUCAUCCCAUGCUUGCUCCUCCCUCCGAGGUUUCCCCUCACUGAUUCGCCUCCUCCGCAAAUCCGAAUCAUUUGCUUUCUCACUUUUACUUGCGGAAGCUUAAGAUUGAUUGUCAUUGGGAAAACUAUCAAGUGACAACAAGAAGUCUACAAAGCCGAAGAACUGGAUCCUAUAUGUAGUGUACCGAAAUAUAGCUUGUUGGUGUUGGAUGGAUGGUUUAGCCAUGAUUUGUUGAAUGUCUACAAAAUUGAUGGACCACUGGCCAGCAGCAUUUAGGUUCUAUUAGUAUAAGGUUAUUGGUGCUCUUGUAGCAAUAUUAAAUAUAACAACUUAUACAGUGAAUAGAACUGAAAAUGGAGUUGAAUAGCCUGAAGGAUGCAUUUGAUCGUGUUGCAAAAAAGCAAAAGCUGUCGUGUUCUAAAACCCAGGAAGUUAUGGACCAGAUUGUUCAAGAAAUCGAGAAGACAAUAGAGGUGAUGCAGUCCACCACCCUUGAUUAUAAAUCUGUACUUGCUGAACUGAAGAAAAAGUUUCAUGAAAUUGCUCCACUCAGUCAGCUAGAAGGCACACAGAAGGAACUCAACAUAGUGCUCAGCAAGUAUCCAAAAGCUCUUGAGAAAGCCCUUAAUCCUGAUAUAUCCAUGGCUUAUCGAAAUAUUGAGUUUGAUUCCCAUACGGUUAACCAAAUAAUUGCCAGCCAUUUCUAUCGGCAGGGGAUGUUCGAUGUUGGUGAUUGUUUCGUAACUGAGGCUGGGGAUGCAGAGGAGGCUGCUGCUAUGAAAUCACCUUUCCUGGAAAUGUAUCAAAUACUAGAAGCCAUGAGGAGUAGGAACCUUGAGCCUGCCCUUAAAUGGGCAGCCACGAACUCUAAUAAACUGAAAGAAAAUGGUUCGGACCUUCUGCUGAGACUCCAUCAUUUGCAGUUUGUGAAAAUACUACAAAAGGAAAGCAGAGAUGAAGCACUCAUGUAUGCACGAACUAACUUUGCUACGUUUGCUGGAAACCAUAUGGCCGAAAUCCAGAAGCUCAUGGGAUGUCUCUUGUAUUCUGAUAGACUUCACGAUUCCCCAUAUACUCACUUAUUGUCACCAACCAAUUGGGAUAUAGUAGCUGAGGAGCUCACCAGGCAGUUCUGCAAUCUUCUGGGGCAAUCAUAUGAGAGCCCAUUAAGUGUUACAAUAGCAGCAGGAGUGCAAGUGUUGCCACCUCUUGUAAAGUUUAUGACUGUCAUGUCUUGGAAGAAGCAGGAAUGGCAAUCAAUGAAGCAGUUGCCUGUGCCAGUGGAGUUGGAUAAAGAGUUUCAAUUCCAUUCUGUAUUUGUGUGCCCUGUUUCUAAAGAGCAAUCAACCGAUGAUAACCCGCCAAUGCUGAUGUCAUGUGGUCAUGUGCUCUGCAAACAGUCUAUUAACAAGAUGUCAAAGAAUGGCUCAAAAACUUUCAAGUGCCCAUAUUGCCCAUCCGAUAUCGAUGCGGCACAGUGCAGGCAGCUGAAUUUCUGAUGUAUACCCAAAUAUGUCCAUGGUUGUGUUAAAAACUGUUUCCUUUAGACUGAAUCGAAAAUGUGUAGAACUAGAAAUGGGUUUGAUGGUGGCGGAGCUGGUCAGUAAUGGUGUCGUGUUUGUUGAUGAACUUGUUGUAAAUAGAAAUUCUUUCCACAUUCAUGCAGGUAAACGAAACCAACUUGUUUCUGCCCUAAAACAAUAGGGAAGCUAGUUGUGGGCUAGACUGUGGCAUAUAUGCUAGGCUAUUUUGUUGCAGGGGGCUUUCUCUGCCCUUACUCUAAAAGGCUAUUGAGUUUUUCUUUACUGGAGAUAGCCGUCAUUUCAAAUGGGCCUCAAGGUCAACUGGUUGAAAUGCCCAUCAGGUCAUUCCUAUA